CGGCGUCCACACCCUUUCCUGCUUGAGUCAGAGGCAUCUGACUGCGGCUUCCGGGUGUCCCACGGCUGGGCAUCCAUCUCCCUGUUGUGGUGCCAGCCUGUCCUUCCAGCUGUCUGUCCAUCCAUCCACCGCCUCCCUGGCACCAUGUACACAGCCCUCCCCAAAAGCAGUUCCCCCUUUGGCCCCGCACCCACCCGCCCUGGGCUGCACAUCUGGCGCGUGGAGAAGCUGCGCCCGGUGCCGGUCCCUGAGAGCUCCUGGGGCAUCUUCUAUUCGGGGGACGCCUACCUGGUGCUGCACCUGGGGCCCGAGGAGCGAGCCCACCUGCACCUGUGGAUCGGUCGGGAAGCGUCGCAGGAUGAGCGGGGGGGCUGUGCCCUGCUGAGCACACAGCUGAAUUCACUGCUGGGGGAGCGCCCCGUCACCCACCGCGAGGUGCAGGGCCACGAGUCCGAUGAGUUCAUGGGAUACUUCCCCCGCGGCGUCACGUACCAGGACGGCGGGGUGGACUCGGCCUUCAAGUCACCGCGGCACAGCGCUGGUCCCGGCCCCGUGCGCCAGCUCUACCAGGUGAAGGGCCGCAGGAACAUCCGGGCCAUGGAGCGGGAGCUGAGCUGGGCCAGCUUCAACACUGGAGACUGCUUCAUCCUCGACCUGGGAGAGACCAUCUUCACGUGGUGCGGGGCGCAGUGCAAUGUCCUGGAGCGCAGCCGGGCGCAGGAGUUGGCUGCAGCCAUCCGUGAUGGCGAGCGGGGUGGCAAAGCACGCCUGGAGACGGUGAUGGAUGGCGAGGAGCCCCCUGAGAUGCUGCAGGUGCUGGGCCCAAAGCCCACCCUGAUGGAGGGCAGCCCUGAGGAGGACGUGGCGGCCGAUCACAGCGCGGGGACGGCUGUUCUGUACAAGGUGUCGGACGUGACGGGGCGCAUGGACCUGAGCGAAGUGGCGCGGGGCUGCCCCUUCAACUAGAGCCUGCUGUGCCCCGAUGACUGCUUCGUGCUGGACACGGGCUCCGGGGGGAAGGUCUACGUGUGGAAAGGGCGUAAAGCCAACGAGCAGGAGCGGCAGGCGGCGCUCAGCGUGGCCGAGCAGACCAUCACCCGCAUGGGCUACUCGCCCCACACACAGGUGGAAAUCCUGCCCCAGGGCCGCGAGACGCCCCUUUUCAAGCAGUUCUUCAGCGGCUGGAAGUGAGGGGCACCGUGGGGACAAGGCAGGGACAGGUCACCAUAUUCCCCACUGCACCUCCAUCCCUGUGCCAGCUCCAAGCACAGCCCAGCCCUGCUCCAUCACCCCACCCCCAUCAUCCCCGAGGUCAUGCCAUCCCCACGCCACCUCCCUCUCCAACCCCAUUCCAUGCCAUCCCUGCUCAGUGCCAUCCCCAUGCUUCAGCACGUGCCAUCCCCAGGCCUACGCUGCCAUGCCACAUCCCUGCCAUCAUUGCCAUGCCCGCAUGUCACCCUCACGCUGCACAAAUAAAGGCAUGAUGCGAACACUG